UUUAUUCCCUACUUUCGUUAUCUCCAUCACGCUAUCCCUCAUUCAUCAUCGAAAACCCAAAGAUUUUCAGUCUCAUCUCUUUCUCUCUCUCUCCCCCAUCAUUGCCGUGUCCAUCUCCGAUUUCAAUGGCUAUGGCUCUCAGACCCAUCGACAAUGCUCUCCCAACCACACCGGAAAGACCCAAAAAGCAAACCAAAGUUGCUGUUCCAAUCCAGAAGCAGAAACCUGAAUUCGGCCUCAUAAAUGACGAAAACCAGGCUCCGCUUCCUGCAACCGCUGAUGCCGCCAUCGACUACAUCUCUUCCGAGAAUCUCAAACCCAUCUCAGACCCUGAUCUCAAGAUUCAGAGCUUGAAUGAGGGAUUGGAAUCAAAGGAUUGGGUGAAGGUGUGUGAGUCUCUGAACAAUGUCAGGCGUUUUGCACUCUACCACUCUGCCCUUCUGGCUCCUACUCUAGAAAAAGUUAUGGUGGUGCUGGUCAAGGCAAUGAAGAAUCCGAGAAGUGCCUUAAUCAAGACCUCGAUUAUGGCUUCUUCCGACAUCUUCACCGCCUUUGGCGAUGGUUUACUUGAGUCCGCGGCCUCUAAUGCAUUUGAUCAAUUGCUGCUGCAAUUGCUGUUGAAGUCAUCUCAAGACAAACGUUUUGUGUGUGAAGAAGCAGACAGGGCACUGAGCUCCAUGGUGCAGUCCUUGACCCCUCUUCCUCUGCUUCAGAAGCUUCGAGCCUACGCUUCCCAUGGCAACCCUAGAGUCAGAGCCAAAGCUGCCAUUUCCGUCGCAUCUUGCGUCGCCAAGAUGGGGCUUGAAGGAAUGAAGGAUUAUGGGGUGGUUUCUUUGGUGAAAAUGGCUGCAGAUUUGUUGAAUGAUAGGCUGCCUGAGGCGAGAGAAGCAGCGCGGGGAAUUGUGAUGUCGGUAUACAAUGCCUAUACAGAGAAUGAAGAGGAGAAGCUGCGGGAGAAUGAAGAGGAGAAGCCAGAGAAGCAGGAGAUUUGGCUAAGCUUUUGCCAGUCUAAUUUGUCAACAAUCCAUGCGCAGUCCAUGGUCAAAAUUACUUCUUCUCAGUAGAAAGAAGACUAUGAUUAGGGUUGUGUUUUACUGGUAGUAGAAGCUACAGUUUGGUUUGUGAUUCUGCUGGUAGCCUUAUAGCAGCAUAUAUAGUUUGAGAGUGCCAUGAGUUUACAUCUUCCAGCUUCGUCUAAAAGCUGUUCUUACGUAAUUUUAUGUUGAUGAAGUUCAUCGUUUAAUAAAAUUUUCGUUGUUGAUAA